AUUUGUUAUUUUUUUAGUGGGACACAUCGGGCGGUUUAUGUCUGUGAGAUUGUAGAUAAGUUUUGUUUUAUCUCUCCGCUCCACUCCACUCACAAAGUGCAAGGUAUCAAGUGGGUAUAUUACGGGAUGGAUUUUAUUUAGACCUCAGUUAAGUCGAAAUCAAGCAGUGCUCAUUUACAGGCAUGGCUGAAGAAUACGAAGCUUCGAUUUUUGCUGUGGACAAGAAGAAGAGAAAACGUCGUGGUCCCCGUUUGACCGGAGUAAGCAAGCAGCGUAGGUUAGCCAACGCCCGAGAGAGAAAAAGAGUGCAAGCUUUAAACGAAGAAAUUGAAGUUUUGAAAAGUUUGCUUCCCCUCUCGCCACAUGAUAAAAAGCCCACAAAAACUGAAGUAGUAUGGCUUGCAGCUGCGUACAUCGACGAACUAACUCAGAUGUUACACAAGACCCCAAGCCAGGACGAGUUUAAUGGCGGACCCUUGUUGGAUUUUGAUUCCUUACUGGGCGUAGACAUUGAAAAACUCCUUGAAUUGGACGAUUUUGUCCCCAUUGUGUUUUAAACAUUGACAUAAAGUCUUCGUUUUCCCGUGUAUGAACAUCGAGCUGCGCUUGUCAAGACAGUGUUUAACCCGUGAUCCCAGUGGCGUGAGAUCCAAUCAAAUGAGAGAUUACAACCAACAGCGUUUAUCACUUUAUCUACACCUUUCAAAUGUGUUAUUUUAGGAUCAUCUUUCGUAACGUUCUAGUUAUUUUGUCGGAUUUCUUUAAUCUGUUUGUCUGUGGCUUCCGCUAUCGCCCACUAGAGCAAUAGAACCUAAAAUAGACUACCUUGUGAGAAUGUGAAUUAAUGUGCUUUCCAGACAUGUUUGACAAUUUUUUGUAAAUAAAGUGUCCUUUUAGAAACUUCAGUGUUGUAAAUAAACAUAAAUAAAAUAUAUUACAGUGUUUAGAGAGCAAGCCACAUCAGGCUUAGCUGGUUU